CCUCCUCAUCAAUGUGAUGCAGAGGAGGAUGCAGAAGCCCCAAACCCCCAUCAAAAACACAGACGCUUUGAACACAUGAAGGAGAGAUUUGAUUAGCUUAGCUUAAUUAUAUGCAUGGUUUUUAAUGCACUUUUUGUUUGUUGUCCACUCAAUUUUUUCACAGACAUAAAGAAAAGGAAGGAAAACCCAUUUUGCAGAAGAUCAACAAGAGUGAGUGAUACAUAAUAUCAUCAUCACGCCAAGAUGAACGACUUAUUUUCGAGCUCGUUCAAGAAAUACACUGACCUGAAACAGCAGGCCUACCUGGACGAUAUGGAGGCCGGGAAGGAGACUGUUAAUCUUGACAAGUUCUUCGAAGAUGUCGAGAAUGUGAAGGAGGACAUGAGACAGGUUGAUAAGCUGUACAAGCAGCUACAAGAUGCCAAUGAAGAGAGCAAGACUGUGCACAAUGCUAAAACCAUGAAAGAGCUCCGAACCCGCAUGGACUUGGAUGUCGAGCAGGUCCUUAAGAAGGUCAAAAUCAUAAAGGGAAAGCUUGAAGGUUUGGAGCGUUCCAACGCAACUCACAGAAACCUUCCUGGUUGUGGCCCUGGCUCCUCCGCGGAUCGAACCAGGACCUCAGUGGUUAGUGGUUUGGGGAAGAAACUCAAGGACAUGAUGGAUGACUUUCAGGGAUUGAGAGGUAGAAUGACAUCUGAAUAUAAAGAAACAAUAGAACGCAGGUAUUUUACUAUAACCGGAGAGAAAGCGAGUGAGGAAACUAUCGAAAAUUUGAUAUCGAGUGGAGAAAGUGAGAGCUUUCUGCAGAAGGCUAUUCAAGAACAGGGGAGAGGUCAGAUUUUGGACACCAUAUCAGAAAUGCAAGAAAGACAUGAUGCUGUGAAGGAGAUUGAGAAGAAUUUGAUUGAGCUCCAUCAGAUAUUCUUGGACAUGGCUGCUCUGGUUGAAGCACAGGGUCACCAACUCAAUGACAUUGAGAGCCAUGUCAUGCAUGCUAGCUCGUUUGUCAGACGCGGCACCGACAAUCUUCAAGAGGCCAAAGAACAGCAGAAGAAAUCAAGGAAGUGGACAUGCAUUGCUAUAAUUCUUGGAAUAAUCCUCGUCAUUCUCCUCCUAAUUCCGAUUUUGAUUCAAGUUUUGCCUCAUAUGUUGUAGGAAGAUGAAAAUGGGGGAGACUUUUACUUUGUUCUAAUUGGAACUCUGAAUGCAUGCAUUUAUUCUGAUUCUAACAAUAGGAACAUAGUUAGAUCUUGCACGAGUUCAGAUACAAAAAAAAAAAAUUACAUAAAUAAAAAAUUUUGGUUCUCGAGGGGUGAUGUUUCAAUGUCUCACAAACUCCAUUUGUGACACAAAAAUAAAGCACACUUAGAUAUGGAGGUUCAAUGGGUUCGUUCAUUCACAUUUGGGCAUCUUUAAGCUUUUGAGUCUCUCGGGCCACCAAUCAUGAAAGGGACCAAAUUUGCAGAUGGGGUAGAUACAUGAAAUUCUUAUGCGAGGGUUGUAGACAUUAUUGUAAUUGAUUUUUAUCUCAUUCUAUGAAGGCUUAUUUAUGUACAUGCCUCAUGUGCUUUCAAAGUUGUCUUAGAUUACCACAUGUUCUUUGAAACGUCUCAAAAUACCACAUAUACUUUUAAUAACUGUCUCACGUUACCUAUUCCAUCAGUAUUAAGAGAUGUUCCGUUACGUGGUGAGUUUGUUGAGUAAUUUGGGGUCUGUGUUGGUGGUAGGUUGAGAUUUUUUUGGAAGAGAAAUCUUCUGGAGGCUAUUGUGAUGAGUGGGUGAGGCUUGGUUGUAGGUUCAAAGGUUGAGAGGGUGAAGAGAAGGAGGGUGAUGAAGACCAAAAGGGCAUGGAUGGAAAUUGUGGAUUGGGCUUUGGGUGGAAGGAGAUUAUUGGAAUUGGUUCGUCUGAAAGAAGAAGAAGAAGAAGAAGAAGAAGAAGACCCAUACCACAAGAAGUGGGGGCCACAUCACAUAAUAGAACUUCUCUUAAUAGGAGGCGGAACAGGUAACAUGAGACUAUUAUUAAAAGUGUAUGUGGUAUUUUGAGACGUUUCAAAGAACAUGUGGUAAUCUGAGACAACUUUGAAAGCAUAGGAGGCAUGUACAUAAAUAAGCUUUCUAUGAAUGACCCCCUCCUCCCCCCUUCCCCCUUCCCCCUUCCCCCUUCCCAAUUUCUUACAAUCCCAGUUUCUUACAAUUUGUCCAAGACUCUCAAAUGUUAAAGUUGUGCACCCUUUUGAGUUUGAUGAAUCUAUUAAGAGAGAACGGUUGGGCUGAGCUAUAUAUAUUCUGAUCUUUAAUAUUACAGGGUUAUUCUAUAGUGAGGGCCUUCUAAGACCCUUAGAUGAUGUCCUAUCUUUUUACUGUUGGAUCAAACUAACCAACUUGAUCCAACAACUAACCAAUUUGAUCCAACGGCUAAAAGAUGGGGACUCAUCUAAGGCGCUCACUAUGACCCCUUAAUAUUACAACCAACAUUCCUAUCAGCAUUAAAACAACACAAAUAAGGCCACAAUUAGUGCACCUAUCUAAGAUUCUAACGCUAGUUUAAUAGAAUAAGGCCCCAGUCUGGUGCACCUAACCAAACUCAGAUUUCGAGAAGCCUGUGGUUGUUAACUUAAGGCACAAUAAGAAAAAGGUAGAAAAACUAUUCAUUUUUGUACAGAGGACAGCCACUCAUCCAUCAAACAAUUUGCUUUCACAAAAUGGCCUGAUAUUGAGCAUUUCAUUCAAUCAAGCCACUGAGAUCAUAUACCAUUAAGAAUCAUGAAACCAAAUUGAAGUAUUUCCUACAAUGUAGCUUGAAAAUCAUAUCUGGCAUGAUUG